AUGUCGCAGACUAAGACUACGGCCUCGCAGCCGGCGCAGGCUCCGAUGCCUGCUCAGAACUCCUCGAACUCUACGACAACGUCGCGGCCGAGAGGCCCCCCGUUGCACAAGAUUUACGAGUUGCCUGCUCCCAUACGGACAUUUCCGCUUCCUAGCUUCUAUCCGAAUAAUCCAAUUUCCCUGUUCCAUGUCCUCUUCGCAUGGACGAAACAAGCCUUGUUCCCACCGCCUGCUGAACCGUCCAUUGUGCACGAGGGUAUCUGGUCCCCAGAAUCCAAAUCUGUCAACAUUAUCGACGAGAAGUCCAUGCGCGCGCUGUGGGAACAAGGGUUCUACGGCAAGGGCAACUUGAGUCGAAGUGAGCCCAACUGGUUUAAGCGCGAGCAUGUCAGGCGAGGACUGGUGCCAGGCCAGGUCAGCGAGCUGGUAACAGCCAGCAGACGUGAAGAGCGAAGGCAGAUGAAGUGGGAGAGAGCCAAGACAGAGCAAGAAGCCAUCAGACAAUUGCGAAUCCAGGAAGCCCAAUUGGCGACUCAGGUGUCAGCAGCGGAUGGCGCAGUCAGGCCUCCUGCUUUGGCCGCCGAGGCUGACGCCAUCGUUGAUGCAACAAACAAUCACGUUCCUGAGCGAGAAGCCUCGACAGACGCGGACAUCCUGCCUGAGCCACUUAUUUCCAUUAAAUCAGCGCUCGCCGCCGAGUCCAACCACGUCCAAACAAAUGGUGUCGAUACGAUAGCAGUCGCGCCUGUCGCUGAAACUGAGGUUGUGGACCAGAUGACUGGCGAACCCUCGACGUUCCAAGGGACAUCUACCCCAGAUGUCGAGCCGGCCAAAAUUGUCAAGCCCCGUGACUUCCUUCAAUCGGCCCAGGAACCUGAGGCUUUCAUCCAAACCGAUAAUACUCUGCCGUCGGAUGAGUUGCCUCCCGCAUCCGUUCCUCUCGUAUGGAGUGCUCCUGUUGGUCCUCUGGAAUUGCUAUGCCUUCCCAACUCGCAUAUCCGACUCCCCGCGACAGAAAACCAGGUUCGGGCUGGGGGCUUCAGCGGUGGUGCCCAACGAGUCAAUGGCCACUGCGAGCCUGUAGGAUCAAAAGAUGUUGAUUGGGGUUCUUUCAAGCUUCAACCUGGUGAGCUAUUCGUCAGCGGCAUCUCAACCACGUCAGGGACUGCCUCGCCGGUCGGGCCUCUCGAGCUUCUAGCCCUGCCUAACGCCGAGCUGCAUGUCACUAACGGAACGUCGAAUGGAACACACACCGCAGCCACUGGCACGAUUGAGAGUCCAGUCGCCGAUAACUUCUCUACCGCGGCACAGAAACUCUCUACAAUCCACGAAGACAGGGGCUCGAACGGUCACCUGAUCAACGACUUGAUAACAAAUGUCAACGGCGACAAAACGCCCCUUCAAAACGGCUUGAACGGGGUAGUGAAAUCCGUCGUUGCCUCUGGAGAGAUCCCAUCAACGCCAAAGUCGGCCAAACGUCGCAAGAGCGUUCGCUUCUCACCCAAGGUAGAGUCGGCCACUUAUCAGUUGUCCGACCCUCCUAGUCCCAGCCUCGCUCUCUUCAAUGGAACCAACGGAAAGGCGAUACCGCCUGUGAAUGGCACGUCAUUGGGCCCCGGCGUCUUAGAGGCAGAUGCCGAGGAUGCAACUGCAUCUAACGAUGUCCACAUGCUUGAGAAGCUGCCCGAAGUCCCCGCGGAGCCGGUCGAGGUCAUCAACAAGGAACAUCUUCAACUCACAUCUGAGGAAGCUUUCUUCCUGGCUUUCGGCAUGGGCGCUCUUCGAGUUAUUGAUCCUGCCACAAGGGCCUCGAUCCCUACUGCUGAGCUCUUCGAUCUAUUCAGACAAUACUCUUACUUCCCCCGUCGAGCUACAGAAGAGCUCCAACCCGAUGAUGGUUUCCUGGUCAAUUACGUCGUGUACCACCACUUCCGCUCCUUGGGAUGGGUUCCCAGAGCGGGUAUCAAAUUUGGCGUCGACUGGAUGCUGUACGCCAAAGGACCCGUGUUCGAUCACGCAGAAUUUGGCGCCAUUCUCCUGCCAUCCUAUUCCCACCAAUGGUGGAAGGACAGCGACCGCCAGCUGCCGCGCAAGACCUGGCACUGGCUUCACGGAGUCGUCCGUGUCCUAUCCCACGUCCAGAAGAGCUUGGUCUUGGUUUACGUCGACGUGCCACCGCCUCCCCAAUUCGAGCAGGCGAUGAAGAAGGGGCCGGCCGAGGUCUUCAAGUUGUACAAGAUUCGUGAAGUUAUGGUUAAACGGUGGUCAAGCAACCGGAACAGAUGA